AUGGAGAACGAGCUGUUCAUGAACGCAGCGCUUCCGCCACCGCCGGAGAUGGCGGCGCAUUUUGAAACACCGUCUUCUUCAUCGGCGAUGCUUAACUGGGCGUUAAGGGAUCCGAAUCUAGCUCUAAACUCAUCGCCGCAAGAUUGCUUUCUGUGGGAAAAGUCAACGGAACAACAGCAGAGCAUCUUCGACUCUGCUUUGAGCUCCCUCGUCUCUUCUCCGACGCCGUCGAAUUCAAACUUCUCCGGCGGAUGCGGAGCCGGUGACGGUUUUCUCAUCAGAGAACUCAUCGGGAAGCUUGGAAACAUCGGGAACAGCUCCGGUGAGAUCUACGGAACUCCGGUGUCUCGCUCCGCCUCAUGCUACGCAACUCCGAUGAGCUCUCCACCGCCGCCGAUGAUGAACAGAGCGACGCCGUUAACGGAAUUUUCAGGGGAUCCGGGAUUCGCGGAGAGGGCGGCGAAAUUUUCUUGCUUCGGUAGCCGGAGUUUCAACGGAAGAACUAACUCCGGUCUCCCUGUCAACAACGGCAACAUCAUCAACGCCGGGAAGCUGACACGUGUCUCCAGUACACCAUCUCUCAACGCCCUCGCUUCUCCGGAAUUCGCAUCUGCCUCGAGACCGAUGAUUCCCGCCGGCGAAUCAACUCCGAAACUUCCCGGCGAAUUUUCUCGGAAGAGAAAAACUGUUUCUAAAGCGAAAUCCAAGGAGAAUCCCAUUUCCACGGCUUCUCCAACUCCUAGUUUCUCAAAGACGGCGGAAAGGAAAGAAGAUUGGGAUGGAAAAGGAAUCAAAAGCUCAGAAGAAAAGGGAGGGAAAAGAAGAAGAGAGGAAGAAGAAGACGAAGAAGAAGGAAAAGGGAACAAAAGCAAUAAUAACACAAAACAACCUGAGCCUUUCAAAGAUUACAUCCAUGUUCGAGCUCGACGAGGCCAAGCCACCGACAGUCACAGUCUCGCCGAACGAGUUCGGAGGGAGAAAAUAGGGGAAAGGAUGAAGCUGCUUCAAGAUCUUGUGCCUGGAUGCAAUAAGGUUACGGGAAAGGCACUGAUGCUGGACGAAAUUAUAAACUAUGUACAAUCAUUGCAAAGACAAGUUGAGUUCUUGUCAAUGAAGUUAUCAUCAGUGAACGACACCAGGCUGGAUUUUAACGUGGAUGCUCUUGUGUCAAAGGAUGUUAUGAUUCCAUCAAGCAGCAACCGAUUACAUGAAGAAAGACUCCAAUCAGAAUCUUCAAAUCAUCAUCAACAACUUAAUAAUUAUAAUUCACAAUUACAUCCCAAUAUGAUGCUUCAAUCCUCUAUGAACUCAUUAGAAACCUCUACCUUAGCCAGAAACUUCACCCACUUACCGACACUUACCCAAUUCACUGACUCAAUCCCUCAGUAUCAAAUGUUUAGUGAAGAAGAUUUACAAAGCAUUGUAGGGAUGGGAGUGGCACAUAACACUAGCAAUGAAUCCCAACACAUGAAAAUUGAGCUUUGA